AGCCGGAGCGAGGGAGGGAGGCGGCUCAGCGCGCAGCGACCCCCAGUAGCCGCCCGGCUCCCUGCCCCGGCGGGGCGCGUUGCCGCUGGAGCCCCGGGGCUGGGUCCCGCCCCUGCCCGGCUGCCAUUGGACGCCUGCCCGGGCUCGGGCGCUCCCAGUGGCUGCCGGAGGUGCCCGUCAGCGGGAGGCUGCCCGGCGCCAGCAGGGGCAGAGCGGCAGCCGGGGCCGGCGCGCUGGGGCUGGGGCCGGGGCCGGGAUGCUGCGCCCGCUCCCCGGCAGGUGGCUGCCCCAGGCUGCGCGCUGAACGCGCCGCUCCCGCCGCCCCAGCGCGCCCGAGCCGGCUCCGGGAGCCUGGCGCUGCCCGGCCACAGCAUGUCCAGGAAGAAAACCCUCAAGAGCAAGGGGGGGAGCAGCCCCUCGCCCGCCUCCGCGCUGCCCCCCGCCCCCGCCGCGGAGAACGGCCAGGCCGGCGGGGCGGCGGCGGCCAGAGCCAAGCGGGGCAGCAGCCGCCCCCGCCCGGAGCUGCCCCUCAACGGGGCGGUGCUGCCCAGCCGGCCCUCCCUGAGCAGCAGCGGCGAGUUCUACGACGUGGCCUUCAAGGUGAUGUUGGUUGGUGACUCUGGGGUUGGCAAAACCUGCCUUCUGGUGCGGUUUAAAGAUGGCGCUUUCCUGGCCGGCAGCUUCAUUUCUACGGUUGGAAUUGACUUCAGGAAUAAAGUCUUAAGUGUGGAUGCAGUGAAGGUAAAGCUGCAGAUCUGGGACACCGCGGGGCAGGAGAGGUUCCGCAGCGUCACUCACGCCUAUUACCGAGACGCCCAUGCUUUGUUACUGCUGUACGAUGUUACAAAUAGAGCAUCGUUUGACAACAUCCAAGCAUGGCUGACCGAGAUCCAUGAAUACGCACAGCAAGAUGUGGUCCUCAUGCUGCUGGGAAAUAAGGUGGAUUCGACCCAGGACAGAGUGGUAAAAAGGGAAGAUGGAGAGAAAUUAGCCAAGGAGUACGGAGUGCCCUUUAUGGAGACCAGCGCGAAAAGCGGCUUGAAUGUCGACUUGGCCUUUACAGCCAUUGCAAAGGAGCUGAAACACAGGUCCAUGAAGCUGCCCAAUGAGCCCAAAUUCAAGCUCCAUGACUACGUGAAGAAGGAAGUCAGAGGCUCGGGAUGCUGCAGAUCCUAAGGUGCAGGCUCCAGGAGCCAGGGCAGCUGUACAGAGACUCAUGCCAAGAGUUCAUGUGCCACACUCCCUCCUCGUGGACAGUAUGUGCAUGUGUGUUCAUUGUCUGUGUAUUCUCGUAAAGGUGAGCUCAGAUGUGGAGUGAAAGGAGCGGAAGAAAAGGGUCUUUCUUGGUAGCUCCGACACCGGCUCUGGUGCAGCCACGACAUUCCAGGCAUCACGGCCCAACACCCCAUUGUAGUAGUAUUCGUUAAUUCCACGCUGUGAUCGCUUCAGGUGGGGUGUAAAACGUCAAAUUCCUCCCAGGGGGAUUGUCUGUCCCACAUCAGUCACUGGGGACCUGUCCAUUCCUACAAGCUAACGGCUGCUAAUCCUGACAUGGGUUUGAUGCAGACUUUCUCUAACGUGUCCAGAGAGGAGUUUGGUAUUGGUCCACAUGCACACCUAGACAUCAAGAACUCGUUAUCAUGGUGGCUCUGGACACUUACUCCCCCUGUGGCCUUCGGCAAGUCAUUUGACCUCCUUGUGCCUCGGUUUUCCCACCUGUAAAAUGGGGGUGGUAAUACUUACCCAGCAGCAGAGGGCACUGUGAGGAUUAAUGUUGGAAAGGCGCUAUAGACGUGCUAGGUAUUAUUAUACAACUGAGGGAAACUCCACCCUCCUACCCCCCCCCCCCACCAUACCUUUGUUUCUGGGCUACCCUGCUCCAUUCCAUUCUUCUUUUCCCACUCAGAAUUCAAUUAUGAAAACAUUUGGGGCCAGGGUACAUUUUGUGUGUAUUAGAGAUCUAUAAACAUGCCCAAGAAAGAUCCCUGUUUUCAAGGCAAACAUUUUCGUAGUCUCUCCCUUCUUACAUAUGUCAGUUUUACUAUGUUGUGUAACAUACAUUCCUUGCUAGAGGCUUCUCCUGCUCUGCCCUGCAAAAGACAAGAGCUUAGCUGUCUGGUUUUGAGUAAGCUCCUGCAAACAUACCUGUUGUACAGAGAAACCCUGACUGUUUACAUGUUUGAUAAAGGCUUUUGCUCUCCA